UGUCUGUGUGUGUCCGUCUGUCUCCGUGUCUGUGCUUCGGUCUGUGGCUCAGAGUGAGCCGUGCCCGGGUUCCCUCAGCAGUUACGAGGUGGACUUGAACCUGAGACUUGGUCUUGUUCCUCCCCUGGCGGGCUGGUCUUCCUGCUGGUCCUGGUCUUCCUGGGUUUAGGUCAGACUGUCUCUGCUGGACCGGGCAUGUUUCUGUCCCUGUGGUUUCACAUCUGAGACUCUGAUCCUCCGCUCUCUGCUCGUUAAAACGCCUCUUCUCUGGAGAAAUGUCAGCUGUCAGCUCGGACCAGAUCCACACCGGAGAGCAGAGCCGAACCGGAACCGAGCUGGAGCAACAGGAGGACGGGACCCUGCAGCCGCAGACCGUGUUUGUCAUCCUGGACUCGGCUGAAGCGCUCAAUCUGGUCCGGGUGGAGUCUGGGAUCGUCGCUGACAUCGAAGUUGACAGUUUGCUGCCUUCCGGCUGCGACGCCUUCUACCAGAUCAAGAGUCAGCCAAUCAGCAUCAGUACAUCAGCAGCAGCUUCCUCCUCUGCCUCAUCUUCAUCCUCCCUGCCGUCAGUGAUGUCAUCCAGGGUUUUGAUGCGUCAGGACCUGAUGCGUCAGCAGGCUCUGGAGGAGGAGCAGAAGGAGGCGCAGCAGCAGCUCCUCCGCUCAGCUGGCUCCUCGUCCCCGAUCUCUGUGUCUGUGUCCUCGUCCUGCAGACCUCCUGCUCAGGUCCCUGUGGAGGUGCUGAAGGUGCAGACUCACCUGGAGAACCCCACCAGGUAUCACAUCCAGCAGGCUCAGAGGCAACAGGUGCGUCAGUAUCUCUCCACUGCACACACUGCCGUCACCACCAAGACAGCCAAUGAGCAGCCAGCUGGACCUUCGCCAAGCCACUCCCCCCAGCUGGGCUCUGCACUGGGACUACAACCAGCACACGGCAAACAGGAAGUGGAAGAGACAGUCAUUGAUGACAUCAUCAGUCUGGAGUCCAGCCUUAAUGACGAAUUUCUGACGCUGAUUGACUCGGGACUGCAGCUCACCAACACGCUGCCGGUGUCAGGGACCAUGCUGGACAUGUACAGCAGCAGUGGAGGGGUGGCCACACCCACCAUCACCAUUAGCAACAGCUGCCCGGCCGAGCUGCACGCCGUCAAGAGAGAGCUGAGCGAUGUGGACACCAAAGCUCUGCUCAAAGAGAGACAGAAGAAGGACAACCACAACCUCAUCGAGAGGAGGAGGAGGUUCAACAUCAACGAUCGGAUCAAAGAACUCGGAGCGCUCAUCCCCAAAUCCACCGACCUGGAGAUGAGGUGGAACAAAGGAACCAUCCUGAAAGCGUCGGUGGAUUACAUCCGCAAACUGCAGAAAGAACAGCAGAGAGCCCGAGAGAUGGAGGAGAGACAGAGGAGGCUGGAGACCACGAACCGCUCCCUGCUGCUCCGCAUUCAGGAGCUGGAGCUUCAGGCUCGUCUCCACGGCCUCUCUCCGUCCUCCUCGUCCCCCCCCCCCUCCUCCUCCUCUCUUGACCCCCAGGCCCUGCUUGCCCCCACGCUCCCUCAUCCCUUCUCCUCCUCCUCCUCUCCUUCCUCCUCCUUGGUGACUCCCUCCCUUGGUCUGGACGCCCUGAGCUUCGUGGACCUGGAACCUCGGGGAGCCUCCACCGUCUUCUCCCCAGACCUGAUGUCUGACGUGGGGCUGACGGAGCUCCACGGCCUGGGAGACAUCCUGAUGGAGGAAGGGGGAGGCGGGGUGGUUUCCGACCCUCUGCUGUCCUGUGGAGCCUCGAAGACCAGCAGCAGGAGGAGCAGUUUCAGCAUGGAUGAGGACCUCUGAUGACAUCAUCACACACACAGGGAUCUGAUUGGAAAGAGCUGGAGGCGGGACUUUGACCAACCGCACACUGUUUUUAUUUUAUUUUUUUGUUUAGAAACAUUUUUAAUCAGUAACAUCAUCAAAACAAACAAUGCACAGAAGUGAUGUCACAGGGAGCAACUGUCCUUCAGUGUAACCAUGGUAACCACAGAGUCAUCACCUGUAACCAGUAUGACAGCUUUGUCACCAUGGUAACCAUGCUAACUCCUGUGUCUUCCAGUGUACCCAUGGUAACCGGUAUGUGUCACCAUGUUAACCGCAAUUUUUUUUCUCCAGUGUAACCAUGGUAACAGCUGUGCCGUCUGCUCCUUGUUAACAUCAGACCAGAAGCUGAUUGGCUGUUGAUGAACAAACUCACAGCUGAUUGGUUGGUAGAGCAGCGACUGAUCAAUAACUCUCAAUCAGUUCAGUGAAAAUGAAAAUCACUUUUUUCGGUUCGUGUUUGUCCGGAUAAAAACGUUUCGUCAUCAGGCUGCUGCAACGGACGUCAAACGAGCGACGGCAGAUUUUUCUGUAGGAUAAAAGAUUCUUGUGUUAAUUUUUCCACAGUUUUAAAUGAACACUUGGCGUCCUCUCAUUGGCUGGACCCUUCCUGCUGCAGUGCUUAUUGAUUGUCCCAGAAGAUAGAACUAAAACCUGGCGUCCUCUGGUCCACGUGGUGUGACAGACCUCCUCCACCCGGGACAGAAACAAAGCUGAUGAACGCAGGAAUAACAAAAAUAAAAACACGCAGACAAAGUCGCCUGAAGUUGAAAACAUAAGAGUAAUUUAAGAUCUCUAAUGAAGUGGUUUAUAAAUGUGCUGAAAUGACGACAUUGUUACGUUUUACAUGAAAAGUUUGAUUUUAUUUGCUUAUGUUUUGUAAAAUGAGGUACGCUGGAUCAGCUGAUCGCAGCUGCUGGAUCAGCUGGGAUCAGCUCUCACUGGAUCACUGUGAUACUGAGGGAAACAUAAAAACAGCAGGAUUCUGAAUGAAGUUCUGCAGGCAGAGGAAGCUCAGCUCUGCCUUAAUGUUGUCGCUGAGCUGUGAGUCACUGCUGCUGCAAACUACAGGAACCAACUUCCUGUUGUUUCAGCUCACCUGUACACACCUGUCCAUCUCACCUCACAGUAACUUUACCUCAACCCCCCCGACCCCUGUUACAUGAGAUGAUUUGACUGUGGUUACCAUAGCAACAGCAGCUUCAGAGUCAGCUGUCAGUCAUCAGGAUGAGAUUAAAGGGAAUCAUGUCUGUCAUUAAUGUUCUGAUUUAUGAGCUUUAGUCUGUUUUUAUAGAUCCUUUAUGUCUCAGACUUUUAUAUAGAAAUAAAAUCACUUCACAAAAUGA